AUGGGGGCAAAGUCCACCAAGCAGCAACCGGUCGAAACCCGUGAGUUGUGCUCCAUCAUUCUGGCCAUUGUGCUGCUAUUGGUUGCCGCUCUGAGCGCAGUUUCCGUGGCAGUCUGCCGAUACCAGUUCUGGACCUACCUCCAAGACGCCAGCGUGUCUCCGGCCUAUGUUCUCAGGUCGGGCUGGUAUGAAUUCACGCGCACGGCAAGCAACUUCAACAUCACAUCUGCGGGCGACCAGCUGCAGAAUGUGACCAACGCUGUCGACCAGGCUGUGAAUGCCUUCCAGUCCACCAAGUCCAGCCUCGUCGCCGGCGGCAACCCCAGCCUCAAGGCAUGUCCCGACAUCUCCAAUGACCUUUGGAUCAUCGGCGUGAUUGCGGCGGCUGCCCUGGUGCUCUCGGCGGUCAUGGCCAUCAUCUACUUCUGCUUCUCCCUCUGCGGCGGCGCCGGCUCCCACAUUUGCUGCGCAGCCGUCCCCGUCGGGAUCAUCGUGAUCGGCAUGCAGCUGGCGUACUACGGCGCGGCGGUGAUCAAGGUCCGCGAUUACACCUUCAACACGACCGGGGGCAAGACGUACACGCCCAUUCCCGACUGGGGCUGGAUCCUCGGAGCCGUGGCCGGCGUACUAUGGCUCAUCAUUGCCGGCAUCUCUGCUUGUGUGCCAUCCAUGCGCCGCAGGGAGACAGUUGCUGCGCAGCCCAUGGGCACAAUCAGCGGCCAGGGACCCCCCGGCCCUGGCGCCCCGGCCCGUUAUGGCGCCAUCGACCCAGAGCGGGGCGCCACCGCCCGCCCCCGCGGCCGCGCUUACUAA